CGCCGCCGCCGCCGCCGCCGCCGCCGCGCGCGGGAGCACCCGCCGCUGAGGGGGCCGGAGCGCCGCGCCGGGGGCCGCCGCCAUGGUGAAGGAGACCACGUACUACGAUGUGCUGGGCGUGAAGCCUAACGCCUCGGCCGAGGAGCUGAAGAAGGCGUACCGCAAACUGGCGCUCAAAUACCACCCUGACAAGAACCCUAACGAGGGCGAGAAGUUCAAGCAGAUCUCCCAAGCUUACGAGGUACUGUCAGACCCAAAGAAGAGAGACCUGUAUGACAAAGGCGGCGAGCAGGCCAUCAAAGAGGGUGGCUCUGGUAGUAGCUUCGGGUCACCCAUGGACAUAUUUGAUAUGUUCUUUGGCGGUGGUGGGAGGAUGCAGAGGGAGAGACGAGGCAAAAAUGUUGUUCACCAGUUGUCAGUAAGUUUAGAAGAUAUGUACAAUGGUGCAACAAGAAAAUUAGCUUUGCAAAAGAAUGUUAUCUGUGACAAAUGUGAAGGUCGUGGUGGUAAAAAGGGUGCUGUAGAAUGCUGUCCUAAUUGCAGAGGCACGGGGAUGCAAAUCAGAAUUCACCAGAUUGGGCCAGGAAUGGUGCAACAAAUUCAGUCUGUGUGCAUGGAGUGUCAGGGGCACGGGGAGCGUAUCAGCCCCAAGGACAGGUGUAAGAGCUGCAAUGGCAGAAAAAUUGUUAGAGAGAAGAAGAUACUAGAAGUUCACAUUGACAAAGGAAUGAAGGAUGGUCAGAAAAUAACAUUCCAUGGUGAAGGGGACCAAGAGCCAGGACUAGAGCCAGGAGACAUAAUUAUUGUCUUAGAUCAAAAAGAUCACUCUACAUUUACAAGACAAGAUGAAGAUCUUCUUUUGUCUAUGGAUAUACAACUGGUUGAAGCACUAUGUGGCUUUCAAAAACCUAUCACAACACUGGAUAACAGAACUAUAAUUAUUACCUCCCAUCCUGGCCAGGUUGUCAAGCAUGGUGCUAUUAAGUGUGUGUUGAAUGAAGGUAUGCCAAUUUAUCGCAGACCAUAUGAAAAAGGACGUCUGAUUAUAGAGUUUAGGGUGAACUUUCCAGAGAGUGGCUUCCUCUCCUCAGAUAAGCUGUCUUUACUGGAAAAACUGCUACCAACAAGGCAGGAGAUACAAGAAACUGAGGAAAUGGAACAAGUGGAUUUAGUGGACUUUGAUCCAUCUCAAAAAAGGAAACACCACUAUAAUGGAGAAGCCUAUGAAGAUGAUGAGCAUCACCCUAGAGGUGGCGUUCAAUGUCAGACAUCAUAAAAGGGCCAGUGAAUAACAUGUGAUGCUUGUUUUGUAUGCAUUAGUGGAUGAGUGAAGGACUACAAGCAGUUUACCCUCACUUCCUGCUAUUUGUUGUUUAUUCAGCCAUAGUUGUUUCUAAAAGCAUAAAGAAAUAAACUAAGUAAUUAAAAUGACUUUGCAAUUUGUAUAAAGCUCCAGGAUGCAAACUCAGAUGGAGUUGAUUGCACUUCACCCCUGCCUGUUGGUCAAGAAAACUCCCUUCCCUGCUUGUCUUUAUUUCAAGCCUUGUAAUUCCUGUAUGUGUGCAAUUGCCCAGGCUUAGACUAAGAUUCUGUGGUGUUAUUUUGGUAUUCUAGAUCUUACUAUUAAUAAAAUAUGCACAAGUACUUAUAAUUCAUGGUAAGAUACAGUUAAAUUUUGUACUAAUUAGGAUAAAUUGUUAAUGUUCUGGGCAUGUACUGGUGUUUAUCAAGUAAAGACUGGCUCUAAUGCAACCACGUAAUACAUGAACCUGAGAAGAAUGUGGUCAGUCUUCACAGGCCCAUUUCAGCCACACACUUCACCAGCUGUCUCAAGUUACUGCACUUACUGUCAAAUAGUCCCUUCCCUAGCCAGCUUUGGUCCUGAUCUUUGAGCUAGAUGUGAAGCUUUGCUUCAUCACUGACUGCUCUUUGGUUGCUGUUCCACACUGUGAAGUUGGUGGGCAUUUGGCUACUGCAGGAGCUUCUUUCACUACUAUGCAAGAGGAAAAACCUCCAGGGUUUAUUGAUGCAGUGUGCUGUUUGGAGUCUGUUCAGUCUGCUGGUGUGUGAAGCCUGACUUCCACCUUGAUUACUGAAAUUACAUACCCUUGAGUGGUAUGUUAAUGAAAGCAGUAGCAGUCCUGCUGUUGGGAGUGCAUGAGCUUGUAGAGGAGAGAACCAUAGAUGUCAGUGAAUGCAAGCAACUGAUACAUCUAGGCUGUUCUGAAAUUCAUGUAUUGUGUGCAUUAUUUUAAGCUGAUCCUUGAAAAAUUCUGUAUUAAUGUUCUAAUUAUUGUAGAUGAAACAUUUCCAAUAUAAUUACAAAAUUGUU